UUUAGUUUUAAACGCCAGCAUGGGUAUUUCAAAAUGUACAGCGUUCUUGGUGUUUUCGUUCGUUUUGAUUUCGUCUUUCGAAGACUCGAAUCAGAUGAACUCAAAAAUUGGCUGCCCAGAAUUGUCAAGAAUUAUGAGGAAAGCCAAAAGUUUGGUUGAAUCUGAAACAAACUAUUCUGAGCUUCUGGAACAAAUUGGGUUUCUGAAACGUCCAUUUUUGUUCUCAGCCGAUUCCUGCAACACAGAUUUGAACACGAAAGUUAAAAAUGCAAAAGUAAACACGAUCGCUGCACAAAUUUACCGAAGCGAUUACAACGUAAGCUUACAGGAGUUUGAAACUUCAGCGAUUAAUUGCACAAAAGCCAAAACACGAAAGAUAAGCGCUCACCAAAAAUACCGUUCGAUCGAUGGACGUGGAAACAAUUUGAAAAAUCCAGAAUGGGGAGCAUCCGAUACCCCAUUCUCUCGAUAUGGACCACCCAAUUAUGAAGAUGGAAUUUAUAAAAUUAAGAAAAGUGUGACAGGAGCGGAUCUACCCAAUGCUCGUUUACUCGUUCAAGAUCUGUUGAUGAAAGCCGUAAGAUCUCCCCCACCGAAAGUGACUUAUAAUAUGAUGGCUCUCUUAAUUAUUUUAUUUGCCACUCACGAUUUACACUACCAAGUUCCGACUACCACCCACUGUAAAGACGCUGACAUCAGAUGCUGCUCGAAAGAUGGUCAAUACGCAUUACCAAAUGAGUUAUCAAAUUCUGCCUGUUUUCCGAUAGAAAUAUCAAAAGAAGAUCCGUUCUACAAGCACGAGAAUAUUGGGUGUCUCAAUGUUGUAAGAUCACAAUUGGGAACAUAUUCAAAUGAUGCUAAGCCGGGACAAAUAUUGAACCGAGCUACGGCUUAUUUAGAUCUGUCCUUAAUUUAUGGAAAUCAUGCCUCAGAGCUGCGACCAAUCAGACUUUAUGAGGGUGGAAAAUUGAGAAUGGGAAAAGGUAAUUUGCUUCCGGUUGACUCUAAAGGCAAAUAUCUGCCAUCUAUGGAUCGAUUCGUUGUCACUCCGAUUGGGAGUAUUUGGCCAGCAUUGUUCGCUCGAAAUCAUAACAAUUUGGCUGAACGACUGGCAAAAUUAAAUAAACAUUGGGACAACGAAACUGUCUUCCAAGAAGCACGGAGGAUCAACAUUGCAAAUUUUCAAUUCAAUUUGAUUACAGCAAAGAACAUCGAAAAGGUGUUUAACAAAGUUGUUAAUGAAAGUUACUCCGAAGAAAGGAAUGCAGCCACCUGCGCAGAAUUUUCAUUUACAUACAGAGCCGGACACUAUUACAUACCACAGCAUAUGGUUCUUCGACAUGAAAACGAUUCUGAAACAAAAUACUUGCAGUCUGACACAAUUGGAAAAAUCGAUAUAUUGGAAAAUGAUUUUGACGCUGUGUUAAGUGGGGCCACCCAGCAGCAUCUAAAUGUUGAACAAUAUGCGGACGAGGUAGUUAAUAGAAUCGGUAAGAAUCCUAGGGGAUAUGGAAUGGAUUUAAUUGCUUUGGACAUUCAACGCGGUCGAGAUCAAGGAAUCUCAUCUUUUGUGGAAAUAAGAAGAAAAUGCAAUUUGAAGCCAGAAAUAAAUAGCUUUGACGAUUUCGGAAAAAUUGUGAACAAAACAAACGUCGACCUAUUAAAGAGAAUGUACGAAUCCUUUGAAGACGUCGAUUUUUACGUCGGUGGCUUGUUGGAGUCUUUCGCAUCGAUUGGAAAUCCGUUAGCAGGCCCAACUUUCGGUUGCGUAAUUGGUGAGAAUUAUAACAAUGUGAUGGGUGGCGACAUAUACUUUUUUACGCACCCCGAUAAUCCGUAUCCAUUUACGACAGCACAAAUCAACGCUGUCCGUAAAUAUAGAGUUUCGAAUAUUUUCUGCACAAAUUCGAACUUGAACGAAACUUAUAAAUACUGGUCGUUAACGCCUGGUGCAAUCAAUCCGAAAAUCAAAUGCGAUGAUUAUCCGCCCAUGGAUUUGUCGGCUUGGAAAGAUUGAACCAUGCAGUCAUUAAUUUUGCGAAUUUUCUAUGCUGUUCAAUAAAUGUGAAACAAACCCUU